AUGUCUGAGAAGGGACUGCAGAAGUACAAUCUCUGGAGGUCCCGAACUAGUGAUGCAUGGGGUUUUAAAAUAACAACCGUUGACAGCCAAACCUUUAUUACUGCUGUAUACAAUGAUACUCCAGCUGAAAAAGCUGGAGUUGCUCUUAAUGAUGUAAUUGUAACCAUUAAUAAGAUUCCUUGUUAUAAUAUGUCACACGAAUAUGUCUAUCAUGUUAUCAGAAAUGUAGAUCAUGAUAUGUCUCUCGUUACAAGAAAGGCUACUCCACAAGACUUGCAGGCGGUAGGUGAUUUAACAAAAGAACGUAUGUUGCCAUAUUUUCUUAAAAUCUAUAAAAAUUAUUUUUUUGUGAAAUUUGUGGUUGUUAUCUGCUGUUAUUCAAUUAAAGAACACGAAAUAAUUACUGCCGAUGUUGGUUUUUCAUCAUCAAAGGGGAUUAAUGAAACUAAACGAAAGAGCAAAUCAAUGGAAGGGAAUCGAGAGCUUAGGCAUAAGGACGAAAAAAAUGGAAAGGAAUCGAUCUAUCCUGGUUUAAAGCUGAAAAAUAGAAUUUUAUCCACCGUUGAUGCUGAUGAGAAUCAUUCCAACAAACACAGACGUCAUGACAGUGUCGGUAAGGGAGAAGGCAAGGAAGAUCUGAUACCAAAUCAACAUGAAGAAAAACGCAAACUUAGUUCAAACACCAUCCCUCCAAAUGUACCGAAAGAGGCUAUAGAAAAAGAGAGUAAAUCUCAUAAAAGAUUAACUAGAACUCUUGAAAACAAUCUCGUUAAUAAUAUUGAAGAGGAUGGAAUACGCCAAGCCCGUACAAGAACUGAGGGAAUUAAUCAUCGUGAGGAUAAAAUAGAGAAAAAUCGUGAAUCUCGAGUGGUCAGCCGCGAAUAUAAUUCUCCAAAAACAAAGCGAGAAACUUUUACAGGACAAAAGGAAUCAGCUACUAGACUCGGCAGUGCAGUUGAAAAAAGGAAUUCGAUAAAGAUAGAAUCAAACAGCUAUAAGAAAUCGGAGAUAACAACAGGGAAAAAGCCUCAAAUGAUAAAGUCCAAAUCAACGGUUGGUUUUGAUACGACCGAACCGGAUCAUGUUGAAAAAGAAGAUGCUGAGGCUGUCAGUGAGAUGAAAAGACCUUUUCCUUCAAUGAUAGAAAUUCGAGCGAAUUUGCAAGCUGGAAAACGUCGUACCCUUCUAUUAAGUAGAGGUGAUUCGUUUGAGGACAGAGUCGAUUUAUUGAAUAACCUGUAA